AUUCCUCUGUGUUUUUAAUUGUCUAUAGUCACCUAAUUUUCGUCGUUUUGAGUUUGAUUAGUAGAAAGAACGAAAACAUUUAAACAUAAUCAAAAUAAAACACUUAAUUUAGCAAGGAUUUUAUUUUCCUUGUGUGUUGUAAUCAAGUGUAACGUGUGACUGUUUCUUUCUCGAAAGUGUUCAUGGCGGCUCAAGAAGAUGAGAUUAAAAGUCUCAUAGAGAAAAAUAAUGAAUUGGUUCAAAAAGUUCAGUAUUGGAAGAUGACGGCGGCUCAGAGGGAAAAUGAGAAGUUGGAGCUAAUGAAAGAGACCAAUGAGCUGAGGCUCAAAGUGAUUCGCCUCAAAAGCGGCGGUGCCGCAGACGCUCGCAAGCUAGAUGCUGCACUUCAACAAGCUAGUGAGCAGGCUCUCUCCCACCUUGUGCAGGCCUCAAGUGCCGUCAAACGCACUAUUGAGUUAGCCAAGACUUAUAUGAGAGACCGGGAAGGCGCAGACACAGUUUCCACAAGAUGGAGCAACAUAAGCAACUCCACUGAGAAGGUGCACCGUGUGCCUCCCAUGAUGAUGGGUGGACAGUCCAUACAGCCCGUAGUUUCACUUAGCAGGACUACUCUGAACUUUAACGCUUCUAGACAAACAGCUAGGAGUCCAAUCUCUACUCGCAAUGUCACAGUUAGAGCAUUACCAAUGCAUAUGCUACAAGAUGUUUACAUUCCGCUUACGAGGAUAGAUGUGAGGGACAUUCCGAACCACAACGAGACUGAACAAGAGGCUACCGAUGACAGCGGGGACAACAUGCUGUUUGACUCAAGCAUGGAGGAGGUAGCGCAGGAACCUGAAAACAUGACUGAUGAUGACGAUUACGAAUUACCAGCUAGAGUGGAUAAUCCCCUGGAGGGUCCCAGCUGGUUACUGGACGCGCCGCGUGAGCCUGACUCCACUACCGAAGAGGCUCUUAACACACUUAACACUGACAGUCCUGAGACUCUGCCGGAGUCGGAGUCGGAGGCGGAGCCCCCGCGCAUGUUCACGCCCACCGUGCGCCGGCGCAGGCGCACCCCCACGCCGCCGCCGACGACCAGGGACUCGCUCAAUGGUUCGCUGUCCUGCUCUCGCGUCCUACAAGUCCUCGUACCUAAGCUACAAGUGCCGGAGCCGGAGUCGCCCGUCAACAAGCGCCCCAAACCGCGCUUCGACGCGCCCAGCCCUAACGGAGCUACCGACUCGAGAGUCAUCGUGUCGGAAGAAUUAGAAUCUCAAGCCAGAGAAAGAGAAUCGGGCGAGCCUAGCCGCACGCCCACCAAUAAACGCAAAGACACUAGACGGGGGCAAAACCAACAGGAGAGUUACAGGGACCAAGAGGGACAAGGGCAACAAGAGAGUUACAGGAGAGACAGCGGCGACAGCGAUAGCGGAAGCGGAGCGGACAGAGCCAGCGAGGGCAGGACGCGGCGGAACAGGAAGCCGGUCACUUAUAAAGAGAAGCCUUUAAAUCGGAAACUACGGAGAUGAUAGCAGCCGUCGACAGUAGGCGUAUUAUUUAUUGUUUUUAUUAACUAUUUGCGGUUACAGUUUAACAUUAUUUGUACCAAAAGAAAGAGAUGCACCGGAUAUUCGUUAACUAUCCGGUAUCCGGCCCUUAUUUUAAUAUCCGGCCGGAUACAGGAUAGUGACCUAUCUAUCCGGCCGGAUACCGGAUAGUAACUGCUUGAUUUCGGAGUAAAAAAAUUGGAGAGAAACAGUCACGGUCAUAAUCGUGCUCGUUUAUUAUUUUAAAAUUAUUUAAACAUGCCACUCACUUGUACGCGCACUCAUUUCGAACCUAGAAAUGAGUGCGCGCGAACGUUCACUACGAAACAGGUCAAAAUCUGCACAAUGCCCACCUUAUAAACCGAAAUGUGGGUAUAUUGCCGCCGGCCUAAUAUUCGGCAGCCGGAUAUUGAAUAUUCGGCCGAUGGUCAGGCCGAACAUUCGGUAUCAGGCCAAACAACUAUCCGUUGCAUCUCUGUUUAGUUCUUCCCACCUCAUUUUCAAUGGUCUAUCUAGUGUAGGACCCAAUAAUGUGCGUUGUUAUGUAGUUUUUAAAAGGUUAUAUGGGGCAUUUUCUAUGAAAAGG